GGCAAGUUUAGGCGGGAAAACACGGAAGCGAAACCGCGCCAUUUCCCGCGCGCCGAAAGUGAAACUGUCUAUUUGUUUGCGAACUCCUCCCUAAAAGUGACGUCGCAGUACCGUCAGAAAGUGCACUUUGGGCACCACGUAGACAGCUCGAACUGUUCAGUUAGCUUUCGAUCGAGUAUAAAAAGAGAAGGAAGUGCAGAAAUGGCGACAUCUGCGAGUGAGAAUCCCACCCAGAGUUGGGAGGAUUUGUACAACUGGGCUUGCCGAGCCUAUGGUCUGACCGACAAGACAAUCCAGAUACUUGAAGAACAGGACUGUAACACAGCCGAGGCCCUCGCGGCAUUGACAGAGGAUGAUCUGACGGACCUGGAGAUCACGGUGGGACAGAGGCGCCUGGUCGCCAACAUGCUGGCCGACCUGAGGACCGCCUGGGACCACAACCUCAGGCUGGAGAGGGAACUCCGCCGUGCGUUUCCAAGGGGAAAAUACAUGAUAAAAGCUUACUACUCUGAGGAGGAAGAGGAGAAUGAGGAUGAUGUUCUUGAAGCUGUGACAAUCUCUGCAACAGACAAUGAACAAGACGUGGUCCUGAUCUAUUGUAAGGCCUACAUCACCUUCCUGAAGACUGGAAAACUGGAAGAUGGAGAUCAGCUCUUCACUUUUGUGGAGGAGGCUGUUGCAAAGAUGAAUGAUGGAGUCUACAAGGGGGCGCUCCUGUUGCUCCCUCAGGAAACAUUCCUGCCCCGUUCGCUGGCCGAGAAGCUGCUGGAUGAAGGCGACAUGUUCCCCCUGCGUCACACCGACUCCUUCAUCACUGAUGUCAGGAGGGAUGUGAAGCUGCUGAUGGACAGGGAAGAGGAGGAGGAGGAUGGAGAGGAGGACUAUCAUGAGGAGCUGGAAACGGGCACACCAGAGAGAAGCACAGACCCCCUGCUACAGACCAAGACAGACGUAGACCCCCUACUGCACCUGCUACACCUGCUACAGCCGCAUCCCCCCAGCUACACACCCAGUCAGCUGUCCUCUGAUGAUUGGCAGAACCCUCAGCCUCUCCUGGACGAGUACUGGCGUGGACCAGACAAGGUUGACCCCAAAACACCAGUGACGUUUAAGACUGGGAAACCUGACUCCAGGUAG